AGUGAUUAGCAAUGUCGACUCCCGUCAUGGUGAUGAACGAAGGAACGAAGAGGGAGACCGGGAGGAAUGCGCAGACAGCGAACAUAGCAGCGGCGAAGGCUGUGGCGGAUAUCAUACGCACCACCCUGGGGCCGAAGUCCAUGUUGAAGAUGUUGUUGGAUCCCAUGGGAGGAAUCGUGAUGACGAACGACGGACAUGCCAUUCUCCGAGAGAUCGACGUGAAACAUCCCGCAGCUAAGAGCAUGAUUGAGCUCAGCAGAGCGCAAGACGAGGAGGUUGGAGAUGGGACUACUUCCGUCAUCAUCCUUGCAGGAGAGAUGCUUCAUGUUGCCGAGCCUCUCUUGGAGAGGAAGAUUCAUCCCAGCGUCAUCACACAGUCUUACUUCAUGGCCCUCAAUGCCGCAUUGGCUCAUGCAGAGAAGAUGUCGUUUCCAGUCGAUCUGAACGACAGGGAGGUGCUGACGAAGAUCGUGUCAACGUGCGUGGGGACCAAGUACACCAACAGGUUCGGCCGCCUCAUGAUCGACCUGGCCAUGGAUGCCAUCACGACGGUCAUGGUCGACUCCGAUGGAAGGAAGGAGAUCGAUGUGAAGCGAUACGCCAAGAUCGAGAAGAUUCCUGGGGGUGACAUCGAGGAUAGCAGAGUUCUGAGCGGCGUUAUGAUCAACAAGGAUAUCAUCCAUCCUAAGAUGAAGAGGAAGAUCCGUAACCCGCGCGUCGUCCUUCUUGACUGCCCGCUCGAAUACAAGAAGGGAGAGAGUCAGACCAACAUCGAGGUCACCCAGGAAGGCGACUGGGAAGCCAUCUUGAAGGCCGAAGAAGACUGGAUCAAGGCGACCGUGGACGAUAUUCUUGCAGUAAAGCCUGACGUAGUCAUCACCGAGAAGGGAAUCUCGGAUCUUGCUCAGCACUACCUCGUGAAGGCUGGAGUGACGGCCCUGAGGAGGAUGAGGAAGACAGACAACAAUCGCAUCGCCAAAGUGACAGGAGCGACCAUCCUCAACAGGCCGAGCGAACUGCAAGAGAGCCACGUGGGAACUCAGUGUGGUGUCUUCCAAGUCGAGAAGAUCGGCGAUGAAUACUUCUCCUUCUUCGUCGACUGUGAGAAGCCGAAGGCCUGCACCAUCCUCCUUCGAGGCCCGAGCAAGGAUGUCCUCAACGAAAUUGAGAGAAACCUUCAUGAUUGCCUCGGGGUCGCUCGUAACGUCGCCUUGGAACCCAAGCUCCUACCAGGAGGAGGCGCUGUGGAGAUGUCGAUCGCUGCUCACCUGCGCAGAGACGCUGCAGCGAUCCAGGCGAGGCUGGUCAGGGGGAUCCAGAAGUGGCCCUUCGAGGUCGUGGCGGAUGCUCUUGAGGUCAUUCCCAGGACUCUUGCCCAGAACUGCGGAGCAGACGUUGUGCGGCGCAUGACUGAGCUGCGUGCAAAGCACAGCAGCCAGGAUGAGUACAGCACCUGGGGGAUCAAUGGCGAGACAGGACAGCUGGCAGACAUGAAGGAGCUGGGUAUCUGGGAGCCAUUUGUCGUCAAGAGCCAGGGACUUAAGACCGCCGUAGAGUCAUCAUGCAUGCUCCUGAGGAUUGACGAUGUCGUGGCUGGCGCGAAGAAGGCUUCGGGCAAGAACCGAUCGGGUGGAGGAAGAGGAGGAGAAGGAGGCGGGGACGAAGGGGAAGAUGGACCACAGGGACCGGAUGAGGAUGACAGGAUGGGCUAAACGGAGAUGAAGGAGGCGCACAGGCUACCGCCGCCUUCAUUGAGUGAUGUUGACGACCCGACUGUUCGGAUCGGAUGGGCCCAGACUGGCAGGUCAGGGAGGCCCUGGCACUUGCUCAAGUUCGGGUACACUGUCGGUCACAGUGAGGUGCUUGACAGUGAAGGUUGCCACCGGACUUGCGACUCUGAUGUAAUGAAAGUUAGCCGUAAG